AGCCAUAUUUGGCUCAGUGUAAUCAGUGUGGUGAGAGCAUGCACGCUGCUACUCAGGGUACCUGCCUACCUAGUAUAAACACACCUGCUCUUCCUGAUGGAACUAAAAGGAAUUUAAUGUGCACCUGAAGGAGUCUGCUCGCAGCCGUCUCCAUCAAAUAGACUGAGGUGUCCAGGGACAUGAAACUCAAUCCACAACAAGCUCCACUGUAUGGGCGGUGUGUUAUCACGGUGCAGCUUGCUGAUGAAGAGCUGGCUGCAGAUGAGGAGGGCGUGGACUACUUCCUGCUGUUUGCUGGCAGCACACAGAGGCAUCUAACCAGCACCCUAAGGAGCAGUCAUGAUACCUUGGAGGCACUUUGUCCCGCUCAUGACUGUUGCGAGGUGGUGUUGGUCACCUUGUGUUCAGUCAGCCAAGGUGUCCCCGAGACCAUCGAGGACCUAAAGCCCUGUCUGGGUCGUGUAGCCCCCUUGGCCGAGUAUCGAUUCAGCUUUGUCCAGGAUUUGGCUUUUGACAUGGCCCAGUUCCUGGUGAGCACGGCAGGCCGGGCGGAUGGCCUCGAUGGGGCACUGCUGCUGGAUGAGUGUCAGAUUCCUCUGCAGGAGUGUGAACGUCUGGAUGAGAGCCUGGCGCUGGCCCUCCACCAUCUUGUGCUGCCUCCAGGUUGGAGCUUACUGGGGAAAGAACUAACUAACAGCACUGACAUGAAACCUCAAGAGACUCUGCUGCAUUUCUCAGCACGUCGAGGUCUUUUCCGGGUUACGCACUUCUUGCUGCAGCAGUCUGGAGCAAGAGAAGCCCUGCGAUUGGUCAACAGACAAGGCCACACCCCUUCUGCCAUUGCAGCCAUACGAGGACAUGAACACCUCCUGGAGCUCCUCACACAGGCUCAGACGGACAAAGGGACUGACACUGUCCAGCUGAUGUCAGCGGACGCUCGGGUAGUUUGCCACCUCCCCAGGCUGAACACACACACUCUGACGCUAAGGAUCCCUCCUGACUGCAACCCUCCAAGCCUUGAGAGGAACGUGGACCAGUUGCUGCACUUGAUAUGCCAUCUCCAUGCCAAGGGAGUUUGUGUACUGGAGCUGCAGUUUGAUUCUCUGCACACAGCUGCUGAAUGUUGUGAUGGUGCAGAAACAGAGAUAACCUGUCUGGAGCAACUACAGCUGCCUACUACAGCAUCGGAGUGUCUGGAUACAACAACAGAAGGGAGCCGAGUGGAAAACUGCUCAGUGGAAAGUCACAGUAGUUAUGAUUGUGGACAUGGUGAGACUGGGAAUGCAAAUAGAGUGUUGAGCUUGCCUGUGAGCACUCCAACGUUAGAUUUACGGCCCCAGGAGCAUGGACUCGGCCCCCAAGCAGACUGGGUGUGUCUCAGUUCAAACACUGGGAGAGAUUACUGCCAAACAGAGCACGAGGGAACGGAGCGGCCUGUUGUUUCCACCCAGAGUUUGAGUUUGCGUGACAGGAGUGAAGGAGCACAGAGUGGGGCAGAAGGGAAAAGCCUUACUGUGGGAUUCCUCCCACCAGCAGGCUGCAAUAAACAGGCAGAGGAAACUGAUAGAAGAGAGGCUGUGAUCUGGGACAGAUCAGAGCAGGAAGCAGAGGACAGCACAGCUAGAAGGAGGGAGGAGGAGACCCAGUCAGAGUCAGCAGAUCCAAUAACGCCCAGUGGAGUCACAAACGCUUUGAUCAUGGGCCAGUCCCUGUCACCAGAGGGCUCAGAGGUAUCGAACACUUCUGAUUCUGAAAUGAAGGAGUGCUGUCAGGAGCGAGGGACCAGUGGGGAACUUUGCCAGGACCUCUGGGACAGACUCUCUUUAGAGGAGGAGAAGGCAAAGAGUGAAGCGUUACCAGACCCUGGAUCAAUCCAUGGGGACCUCCCCAGCCCGUCGCUGAUAGACUGUGGUGAUGUAAUCAAGGAGCCUGAGUCUGCUGUUCCACGUCUCUUGAUAGAGAGCCUCCAUGAGGGGGGACCUCCAACAGACAUAAACAACCUGAAAGAAAACCAGGAAACAGCUGGUGGGGAUUACGCUACAGAGCAGCAGUGGGGCUCGGCGCCAGAAACCGGUUGUCAGUCUGGGAAUUGUACUGGAACAGCGAGUGUUAAAGAGGUAGGUGGCAAAGACAAAGUCGAACCUUCUGGAUACAAUAUCGAAAGUACCAGUUUUCCUUCGGAUAACAAUGACAAUACAGCUGAUUGUCGGACUGCUGGUAACUCCCUGGAAGAUUUACAACCACAUCCAUCACCUGAGCCGUCACCUGAAAUUAUGUCCAGUUCUAGCAAUAGACAUGCUGAUCAUGAUUCAGGGAUGACCCUCGUCCUCUCCAGCGAUGAUGAAAGCAGUUUCCGAUCAUUUGGAAGCUCCACAACAGAUAUAUUCCAUCCUGCUCAGGACAGUGCUAGUAUGGAGGAUCAGGACUUGUUUCAAACCAAGAUAGCAGAUCGGCCUUCAACAGGAUAUAAGACGGAAGAUGAUUCAAACCCUAGUGAGGGCAAUAAUUAUGCACUAACCGUUGACGCGGGGUUCCCCUUGGAGCCGGUUGCUGUCAGUGCACUGACAGUGACAGCCUGCAGCCAGACUGGCACUGAGGCUGAAUCACAACUGUCACCCAGCCCCCAGACAACGGAGGCUUUGAAUCCUGUGGGGGUGAGAGAGAAACUCGCCCCUGAACUUUCAAAAGAGGAUCUGUCUUUAGGUCCGGCCUUGUCAGACCGUGGGGACGUUCCGAUGAGGACUGCAGAUGAAGAAGAAACUGGAGAGGCCAUUGACUCUGAACUAAAUGCAGUGAUUGAGCAUUUGACGUCAGAGGUCACCAGUAGGGCUUUAUUUGAACGCAGUUCAUCUGUUGCAGAAGAAAGUGAAGUGAUUGGCACAGUUGAAGGAGACCUUCAGUCAACAGAGACCAAUGAAGAAAAGAGCGGAGACCUGCAAUUGGUGCUACAGCAACCCAACCCAGAUAAUCCAGAUAUGACAGCAGAUGAAAGGUCACCUGAUGAAGGAUCAAGGCACUCAGAGGAUCUAGUCAAUGCAUCUUCAUUCAAAGGUGUCCCUCCACUUUCAGAUAGCUCUGAUGUAAUUGCCUUGGAAGUGGAGCCUCCCUGUCCAAACAAGGAAGCUUACAGUGGACCUGAUGUUAAGAAUGAGUUGACUGAAAAUCCAAUGACUCUUGACGCAGUGGAUGGAGCAUCACAAAGCCACAGCAGUGUAAAUCAAGUUGUGGAAGUCAUCAUGUCUGAAGCUGAAACUCUAAUUGGUGCAGGGAAGGAAGAAAAUGGUCCCUCAGAGGAAACAGACUUCUCCAUGAUCCAUCGAGACAGAGAGGCAUCGUUCCAUCAGUCCAUCAGCAACACUCAACACUCAGGAGCCUCACAGUCUUCAGCAUUUCCCAGUUUGCCCAGUAGAACCAGCAGUGCCACCAGCUGUCCCUCCACAGCUCACAGGGACUCUGGCAGCGACAUCGAAAGCUUCUUAAACACUGAGCCAGGAUAUGACGGUGUCUUCAGAAAGAACAAUGAACCAGUGACAGGAGGAGACAGUGCCAGCGAGCUUUCCGUCUCCUGUUCCUCGGCAGACGACACCGCCAGCAUCGGUCUGUCUAGCUCUAGUCCCGAGUGCAGCCAGGGUCUGGAAUGCAGCUGGAGCCCAGAAGAGAGCAUCCAGACUGGGGCUCCUAUCACUGCAGGACUGGACAGUGGUGGUGGUGGUGGAGGAGCAGGAGAAGCUGAAGAAGAAGCCAAAGACAGAGUGACAGAGGUGCCACGCCGCUCCUGUCUACUCCGGAACAGUAUCCGCUCCCUGUCGCCUCUUCGCCGCCACAGCUGGGGGCCUGGAAAGAACAACAGAGGAGAAGCAGAGAUGAACCACAGGAGCUCUGCCCAUAGUCCUGGUGAGAGGAAGCCGACCUUUCACAGGAGAAGCUACAGCCUGGAGGGGCUCAGUGUGGCCCAGACGGAGCUGAGGGGCCCCACCAUUCAGGGGCCUCAAAUCCGUGAGCCUUCAAGGAUGUGCCGGCAUGACAGCGAUGACAGGGGCUCCCUGGUUUCUCUGACAGAGGAGCAGGAGGAGCUGGGGGAUCAUGGCCGACCACAUGACUCGAAAUCAAGGCGGUAUCGCCCUCUUCGAAACAGCUGUCCUCCCUUGACCCUGCCCCUCACCAAGUCUGUCUCCAUGCUCGCCAUCAGCCACAGAGACAUUGAUGGUAUGAGGUCGUUUUCCAGCGCCUCUGGGUCCCUAGCAUACAGUAUAUCAGAAGAGGAGCCUGGCCCUCUGCGGAGCGACACUGAGGGAAAGAGUGUGACCAAAGUCAGUCGCACCUUCAGCUACAUCAAGAACAAGAUGUACAAAAAGACCAGGGAAAAGGAUCGAGAGAAAAGGGAUAAAGAGAAGGAGGGCAAGGAGAAGGACAAGAAGGCGGUUAAUGGUCAUAUUUUCACACCAGUGGGCUCGGGCCAUGCAGCCCAGUGCUUCCAGUGCAAUAAGGCUUUCAACACCAAGGAGGCUUUCCAUUGCUCAUACUGUAAUGCUUCCGUCCACAAGAGCUGCAGGGACAGCCUGCCUGUUUGUGCCAAGGUGAAGAUGAAGUUGCCCAAACAGCAGUUUACAGUACCAGAUUCAACCUCUUUUCCUACAGUCACUUUGAGGAACAAAUCUGGUGGGACAAGGGAGCGUCCCUGGUCUGCCAUCUUGUCCCCCGAAGACCAUUCUUCCCUGAUGAUCCCAUCACGAAGACACACCAGCAUCAUGACUUUCCAUGGCAACAACCUCUCCAAGAGUCUCUCCAUUAGCAACAUCGCCGGGUGAGCUGUGUGUCCUCUUCCCUGAAAGUUAUAAUUGAUUAAUAAAACAAAUCAAAGCUGUAUAUCCACCAAUGUCAUAGAAAAUAUACAUGAUCUUUAAAGUUGAAGUGCAAGCUGUGUUACUGGUGCAGGGACGGAGAUGAUGGACGGCCAGCUGAUGGGGGAGUUUGAGGCAGAUUCCAAGGAGCUGGAAGCUGACUCGUGGAGUUUAUGUGCCGAGCAGCAGUACAUGCAGCAGCUGGACAAAGAGCUGGUGAAGAAACAGGACGUCAUCUAUGAGCUGAUGCAGACCGAGAUGCAUCACAUCCGGACGUUGCGCAUCAUGUCGGAAGUCUACAGCAAGGGCCUGCAGAAGGAGGUGCAGCUGGAGCUGCAGACGGUGGAGAAGCUGUUCCCUGUUCUAGAUGAACUCCUGGAGCUCCACACGCAGCACCUCCUCCGCCUCCUGGAGAGGAAGAGAGAGUGCCAGCUGGAGGCAGGGAGCUUGGAGCGAGGCUUCAUCAUCAACAGGAUAGGAGACAUCCUGGUCAGCCAGUUCUCAGGUUGCAACGGUGAAAACAUGAAGCGUGUUUACGGGAGAUUCUGCAGCCGCCACAACGAAGCCGUGAACUUAUACAAAGACCUCCUGACCAAAGACAAACGCUUCAAGGCCUUUAUCAAAAAAAAGAUGAGUAGCAGCAUUGUGCGGAGGCUUGGUGUCCCAGAAUGCAUCCUGCUCGUGACCCAGAGGAUAACAAAGUAUCCGGUGCUGAUUCAGAGAAUCCUGCAGCACACUAAAGAAAGCGAGGAAGACCAUGAGGACCUGACUGACGCUGUUCGGCUUGUGAAGGAGGUGAUCGCAGCAGUUGAUAGCAAGGUGAACGACCACGAGAAAAGACGCCGUCUGAAGGACUUUCACGGCCGCAUGGACAGCAAGUCCAUCAUGGUGAUGAAGAGUGGUCAGAUCUUUGCCAGGGAGGAUCUGCUGAGGAGAAGGCUGAUCCACGAUGGAGUGCUGCAGCUGAAGAACUACCAGGGAAGACUAAAGGAUGUCCAAGCUCUGCUUCUCUCAGACGUCUUUGUCUUCCUCCAAGAGAAAGACCAGAAAUAUGUCUUCGCCAUGUUGGACCAGCGCUCUACAGUCCUCUCCCUGCAGAAGCUGAUUGUGAGGGAGGUCGCUAACGAAGAGCGCGGCCUCUUCCUCAUCACGGCAGGCAUCGAGAAGCCUGAGAUGAUGGAGGUCCUGGCCAGCUCCAAGGACGAACGCAACACCUGGAUGCAGCUCAUCCAGGAAGCCAUGCAGUCCAUGGAUAAAGACGAGGAUGAAGGCAUUCCCAGUGAGACGGAAGAUGACAAGAGACAACUGGAGACCAAAGCCAAGGAGAUGAGAGAUCUGUUGAGGCAGAAGGACACAGCGAUCAUGUCUCUGCUGGAGGAGAAGGUGCAGCUCUUCAGGGGGAUGUGGGAGGGCUCGACCCCAGGCGAGGAGGUCUGCCGCCAGGUCCAGCCUUUCUUCAGGUCAUCCUGUAGCUUGGAGCCCCCCAGGGGGGCAUCUAUCAUGAAGGAUGCCUUGCAGGAAGUGGAGACAUUACAGGGGCUGGUGAACGACAGCCUGGGUGGGGCGAUGGCCAGCAUCCAGGAGGGAGGAGGCGCGGGGCCGGUGUGUUUGCCCCGUCGGGCCGAGACCUUCGGAGGCUUCGACAGCCACCAGAUGCACAGCAGUAAAAGUGGAGACGGCGACGAGAGCGAGGAUACAGCGGGAGAUCUGCGCAGGACCGAGUCGGACAGUGUUUUAAAGAAGGGAGGAAACGCCAACCUGCUGCUGCUGCUGAAAAGGAACAGUGAGGUCCUCCACAGUGUCUCCAAUCUGCAUCUCCUGCUCAGCACCCUGCAGGCGGUGGUGGUGCAGCAGGACAGUUUCAUAGAGGACCAGCGGCAGGCCCUGAUCGAGCGCUCCUCCUCCUGCACGUCUUUGUCACGGGCGUCCUCGCGGCCCAGCUCGCUGAUUGAACAGGAGAAGCAGCGCAGCCUGGAGAAGCAGCGGCAGGAGCUGGCAUCCCUGCAGAGACAGCAGACGGCUCAUGCUGAGGAGAAGAGGAGAAGGGAGAAGGAGUGGGACACGAGGGAACAGCAGCUGACUGAAAGGGAGGGGCUGGUGCACAUGCAGGAGGAGGAGGUCCUGAAGCAGCAAAAGGAGCUGGAGGAGGAGAAGGAGAGGCUGCAGAAUAAGAAGGAGGCGUACCAGAAAGACCUGGAGAGACUGCGAGACGCCCAGAGGAAGCUGGAGAGGGACAGAGAGGCUGUGCAGCGCCAGUACGACAAGAUGGAGGAGCUCCGUCUGUCUGAGAGGACUCCCUCUACAACGUUGGAUGAGUCCCAGUUCCCCUGCAGCUCCCAGUCUCUGGAGCUGGACCCGCUGGAGUUCUCCUCCCCAUCCCUGCUGAAGCUUCAGCCCCAACGGUCUAGGCUCAAAGGGAAAGGCCUGAAUCCCUUUACCUCAUCCUCCAGCAAUCUGAAAGGCAGUGACACAAACAACCAGAUCUCGAAGAGCCUGCUGCAGCUGGCCAAGAACAAGAGCAAAGAGGAGGAGAAGAAGAAGAAGAAGGGCAAAGGGGGGAGCACACCGACAGCAGACCCCCAGCACCUCCCUGAGCCUCCUCUGGAAGGAGAGAUCUUCUUCUGCUGAGAGAAGUGGCUCUCCUCCUCCUCAUCAUCAUCUUCGACCCAUGACAGCCAUUCCAGAGCAAUGUGUUGCUGCCGAGCAGUAAUACAUUCAUCUGCAUACGUAAUACUGCAGUUUACUGCCAGGCCUUUUGGCACCUUUAAAAGGUUUUCCUUAUCAUGACAAAGAGCAAUUUAAAAUUACAUGCAAUACAAACACAAAAAAUAGAUUUUCUUUUACUUUUAAAUCCUGUGCUUCUAGUUUCUGGAAAGUACAAACCUUUUAGAAAUUCUGUUGUGGUGUGCAAGUUGACAUACAUAAAAGUGUAAAUAUAACAUGGAAUAGCAAUACAUUUUGGGGUAUUCUGUUCCUUUUUUUCUUCCAGAAGCAACCAUGGUUACAUGAGAGUAGAGUCAUUUCUCCAUUUUGAGUUUCAAAGUGAACACGCUCUGCUCCACUGCCUUCUUGUUUGCAUGUUUUUUUGGUCCCAACUUUUCAAAAGUCCAUUCUGGUAUACGUUCCACACCAAUAGGCUGUAUUAUUAUUUAUGGAAGCUAAGGGUCCUGUGUUUUAUUCAGAAAUGCUACUGUAUAGAUCCACAUUGAAAUGCAGCUGAGCAUUCCUUUACUCAAUAUUUGAGAAGCAAAUUUGGCUGCGUCCACUAAUUUUGUCUCUGGUUGGUAAGCAAAAUUGAAUUGAAAUAGCGUCAGUAGUCCUCUUUAAAGAUGGUAUGCCAUCAGUCUUGUUCCUUGGCUUGCUUUUAAUUCAUUUGAUUAAUGGAUAUGUCCUUUUUAGAGUGACACUCUUCAGAUGUGUGUUUCGAUUCCAAGACUCAAUAGUAAUGAACGGAUUGAGACAUAUCUUCCAAAGUCUAAUGUCUCAAUUCAUUUUAUUUUAAUGUGUUUUAGAGCCUUGGAUGGAUAUUAGCUUGAUCCCUGCUUUAUCUGCCUGUCAGUGGGCUUUUAUGCAGCCCUCAUCUUUACUUUGAGCGCUGAUGAGUGGGAGUUUCCUUAGCUUUUUAAUCGCAUGUAUCUCUGCAGGUAGCAUACUAAUGGCUUCUGUCUGUUAAAUCGUUCAACUUUCUCUUUCAAUCUCCUUCUUUCACUUCUGAUAAUCGCCUGUACAUGCACAUGACUGAUGGCUUCAGGAAACGGAGGCUGUUAAUUUAGGUAAAAAGCAGCUGGUUAGAGGAAGUGAAAGGGGGCGUUAACUAAAAGCACCAAACGAUGCUACGUGUCCCUAUUUGGACGUGUGGUGACUUAACCUGCUCCGCAGGUACCGCCUGAGUGUGUGAUCAUUACAAAUGAAUCAACGCUCAUCAGUGUUGCUGAGCACUGUGGUCCUAAUGUGUUCAUGCUUUAGUUGUCAGUGUGAAACAUCAAUCAAGGAGGUCUUUGUGUUCUGUGGAGUUUUUGAAUAGAGGGCACUGAUGCUCAUGAAAAGAAAUAUCCAAAGCGAGAUAAUGGGUUGAAGUACUAAAAGAUGCUGCGGCUCCUUUUGGAUAGUGUUGAAAUGGAAAGGGGCAGGUAGCUUUAAUAUAACGUUUCCAAGGUGACCUGUCUCACCUGUCAUAAUUUAGAAGCCUGUGUUUUAUCCCCACUAUGCCCAGAUUUUGGGCCACACACUACCUGCUGGACAGGUAGGAAGGACAAACAGAAGAAGUUAGAAAAAGGACUGUUUCCAGUGAACUGCAGGGCAGCCACUGAGCUGCUUUCUUGCUGCCUCUUUGGUCGUGUGGUUGGAUAACGGACUGUCUGUGUUGAGGAUUUGACUUCAUGUCCAGGCUGUUUUAUUAUAGUGUGUCUUCUAAGAGGCUACAGGCCAAUUAGUAGCUCCAUGUCUUUUGUUUAUGGCUUUGGUGUAAUCCUGUCAAAGAAAUGGAGAGCAAUGGUCUUGUUUCUGUUGCUUUAGGUGUGUUUUGACCACUAGGGAGCACUGCACCUAUGACUAAACUAGUUCCCUCCCUCACACAACAACCGGAAAGUAGGAAACUUUUGUUUUUCAAAGGUUUUUCAUAUUUUUCCAUUUCCAUUUUUCCAACAUCUCCUCCUAUGAGAAUUUGACAUAUUUUUCUCAGCAGGUCCUUGCCGUACAUAGAUAAUGUGAUGAGCGUGGCUCUCACACUCGGUGACAUUUUCCCCACGGCAUUUGUAAUUGACUGCAGAAACAGAUAAGUUGUCAGAGAUUGUAAUUGGUUAUUCAGUGAAACCAGUCAGCAGCAGCUUUUAAUGUGGAAAAGAAGAAGGUCUAACGGUUGGUUGGGGGGGGCGACCGACAGAACCACAAACCUCUCUCUCUGUAAAGGACAAUCAGCAGACACGAGUCAGGAGAAUGAACCUUCCCCCCCCCGCGCCUGAAGAUGAUUGGGCUGUCCAUGAGACGAGUGUGUCCGCUAGGCGAUCGCUGCGGUGAAAUGCUCUAGAGUAGAGCGGAGCCUCUUCUCAGGAGAGAGGGGGGCGUUCAUUCCUCUGCUCUGAAACAAAGGAAACGUGUGUACUAUAAAAG